GGGCCGCAGCCGGAGGAGCUUGAGGCCCCGGCGGCGAAGCCCCCUCCGGGCCGGCCGUCGUGCGCUCGAUGCCGUUGGAGCGGAGCGGAGGCUGGGCCCGGGCCGCGGGCGGAGUAGGAGGCCGACGGGCCGGUGGUGGCUGCGGCGGCGGCGAUGGACGCCGUAGAGGAAGAGAGCUUCGCGCUGUCCAUCUCCUCGGCCUCCGAUGCAGAGUUCGAUGCUGUAGUCGGAUAUUUAGAGGACAUUAUCAUGGAUGAGGAGUUCCAGUUGCUGCAGAGGAGCUUCAUGGACAAGUACUACCAGGAGUUUGAAGACACGGAGGAGAACAAGCUUACCUACACGCCUAUUUUUAAUGAAUACAUUUCUUUGGUAGAAAAGUACAUCGAGGAGCAGCUGCUGGAGCGGAUUCCUGGGUUUAACAUGGCGGCCUUCACCACCACCUUACAGCACCAUAAAGAUGAAGUGGCUGGUGACAUAUUUGACAUGCUGCUCACCUUCACGGACUUCCUGGCUUUUAAAGAAAUGUUUCUGGACUACAGAGCGGAGAAAGAAGGCCGGGGACUGGACCUGAGCAGUGGUUUGGUAGUGACGUCGUUGUGCAAGUCUUCCUCCCUGCCAGCUUCCCAGAACAACCUGCGGCACUAAGGCCCACCAGACUGGGAGAGGUGGCCGGUGGCAGAAUGCCCUGGGAAGACCUUGCCUCUCCUGCUGAUCAUCAGUGAAGUUAUGUAUUAGUGGGUCAAAAAGAACGUGGCAGGACCCCUCUCGUGAAAUACCUUGUCUUCUGUGGUCCUAAUACCCCACCCUGACUGAGCAGGCUGUCUCCAGAGCAAGCCACGCCCAGCAUCCCCAUGGGGAUAAUAGGGUGUCAGCCAGGCCACUAACCACCGUCAGAGCCCACUCUGCCCCAGCCAGCUUUGCAGGAGCCCACCCUCACAGCUCACACUUGGGUCCCCUGCCCUGCAGCCUCACUGCCUGGGAUUGUGACACCUACUCAGAGCUUUCUGAAGGUCCCGGGCACAGACCUGGUCUCUGCGCAGGUCCAGCAGCCACAGGUGAAGACGGCCUCCCAGGCCGCUGUCUGUUCCUGCCCCUUGCAUCAGCAAGCUUGGCUCGGCCUGCUGUGCUCCCACGACUUCCACACCUCCUAAGCAUUAUUUUUGAAAAACUAUUUUUAUAGAUGAAUACUCAGGCCCAGCUCAUGGCUCUAAUCUUGGGGAAUCCCUGAUUACCCAUGUAAAGAUCAAAGUAUUAUACGCUAUGUGCUUGUUAGGCCUUCGUGCGCUGAACGCAGGGCUCCUUUCUCCGGGGCACCUGGCCUCCCAGGCUCCAAGGACUGAGGGUGUCGUCCUGUAGCCUGUCAGUCUGUGUUUGUGUAGGUCUGUCUUGUGUGCAUGUCAGUGUGUUUGUGCAGGUUUGUGUUAGGCUGUCUGUUGGGGUGGGGGGGCUUUGGGGAAGAAUUAUAAUCUGAAACCCGCUUCCUGUCAAGAUGUCUUACCCGGAUGGUGUUCCCGGCCUCGCCCACGGGAGCAGGGGCUGGCGCAGCUCUCAUGGGGACGGGUACCCUGGUUUAGUCACAUGCUUGCCGUAACAUUCCUGACCAGAAAAUGUGUACGUCACACCUCUAAGCUAGCAUAAUUUAAUAGCUAAUGUGUACCUUUGUGUGUGGGGGGUGGGGGGAUUGUGGUUUUCUUUUUUAAAUAAAAAGGAUCUGUUCAGAUUUCUCA